AUGAUGUAUCUCCUUCGACAUACUCCAGCAGCUUAUCCACAGCUUCCCAGCCUGGUCAAAAUGCGUUCCUCUUUGAUCGUCCUCGCCUUCGCCACUGCCACCGUGAUUGCUCGUCCCAUUGAAGACGGUCACAGUAGCUUGGUUAUCCGAGGCGUCGAGUCCACUUAUGUGGUCCGUGCCUACGAUGCUGAAGAUGGCAAGUUCCGCGACACUCUCCACAAUGCUAUCCACAAAGUGGCCGCCUUGGGAACGAAGCUCCUUGGUAGCAAGUCAAAGGCUCCACCUGCGGCUGCUGCACCUCCACCUGCAGCCGAUGCGUCGGCAACUACGGAGGCUGCUGCUCCUGCCGACCCCGCAGUGGCUGCCAGAGACAUCGAUACCGAAGAUGGCCGCAUCGCGGACGCGGUCCAUAAGGUCCACACCACCAUCCAUAACGCUGUCACUAGCGCAAUAGCAUUCGGAAAGAAGCUCUUCAGUGGGAAGUCGAAGGCAGCUACCCCUGCCGCAGCACCUGAAACUGCUCCCGAUGCUGCCACCCCCGACGCCGCCGCCGCCGCUCCUGAGCCCGCUGCAUGA